ACGAUUCUGGUAUUGGGCACGUAGCUUUGGUUAUAUUACGAGAAGUGGUUACAGCUCUUAUCUAUGUAGCCCCAUACUCUGGGCAUACCAUUCCCUAAGCGAAACUCAAACGGGGCUCUCCUUAUAGAGGGCUCCACUGAGUGACGGAAUCCCAUAUCUCGGCCAUCAGACCGAUCAGUGGCGAAGAGGAUAAAAUAAAUGGGCUGCUCGAAUCUUUUAAAUAAAUCCAAUUAUAGAUGUGCAAGAAAGUAACAAUGGCUGAUGUCAAGGAUGCCUACAUUGCUGCUCUUGAAAAGAAGCUGGCAGAGCUGUCUGGGAUUGAGGUGGACCAGAUUAAGAAAAACCAGCUUGCCAAUGCAGCAGAUGAAGCAAGAGCUAUCGGUGAGAUGGCAGAGUACGUGGCUAACAUCCAGGUACAGCAAGCGGCAGUAGCCCAGUCAGGAGUGGUCAGCCCUCAGAUUGCUGCUCUCUAUUCUCAUAUCACCAAUGAGUUAGGUGAAUCUCGUGGUGCCCAUUCUUUGCCUCCUCUGAAGUAUGAUUAUGAUGCACUGGAGCCUCAUAUCUCAGCUAUGAUAAUGAAGAUUCAUCACACUAAGCACCACCAGGGCUACAUCAACAACCUCAAGGCUUGUACCGAGAAACUUAUAGAGGCAGAGGAAGCCACUGAUGUGGCGGCUAUGAAUGCACUACUUCCAGCUAUCAAAUUCAAUGGUGGCGGGCAUCUCAAUCACACCAUCUUUUGGACUAACAUGGCCCCAAAUGCUGGUGGUGAUCCUUCUGGUGCGAUCGCUGAUGCCAUCAAUGAGGAGUUCGGCUCAUUUCAGGCAUUUAAGGACAAGUUUUCAGCAGCCAGUGUGGGAGUGAAAGGCUCUGGUUGGGGUUGGCUUGGCUAUUGCCCCAAGAAUAACAAGCUGGCUGUAGCUACCUGCCAAAACCAAGACCCUCUUCAGGUUACUCAUGGUAUGAUUCCCUUGCUUGGUCUUGACGUUUGGGAGCAUGCUUAUUAUCUCCAGUACAAGAAUCUUCGUGCUGAUUAUGUAAAGGCGUUCUUUAAUGUCAUUAAUUGGUCUAAUGUCAAUGAACGCUUGGAGACUGCCCGCAAGUCUGCUGGACACUGACUUUUCUACACCACAUCAGCAAAGCCUUCAUGUACUACAGUAGCUUCCCAUUUGUAAUGUUGCAGGGUCCAACCAAUUAUCAGUUUGCAAGCAAGCAAUCCUUGAUGUGGUUUAGAUAAUAAGCCAGAUAAACAUAGUUUGUAUACAGGAAUACUGGUCAAACUACAGUGAAAGGAAACAUUUAUUUUCCAAUAUCUAUACCUUAAGAUUCACCAACAGUGAUGAAACUUGCAUGUUUUGGUGAUAUAAGAAAUUUAUUUUCCAAUGUUAGGGGCAUAACUACAUUAAAAUGAUGUCCAAGAUGGUCUUUAUAAUUGUCACUUUUGAUAUAGGGAAUCCAUGCUAUUCAAAAUUUAACCUUUGACUUACAGUAUGUGUUAAGUCUUGUGCCCAAAGUAGUGUAAAAUAUGUACAGUAGUUAUAACCACAAACCAAAAUCCUUGGAAGCAAAGGGUUUUUGGCAUUCAGGAUGAAGAAUGUACUGCACAGGCUUAUCUCCAAGAAAGAAACUCCUGUAAUAGAUCUUAUUGUAGGUCUGCCCCUACAGUUUUACUUUAAAGCACUCAAACAUAUUGGGACAAUAUAUUGUACUGUACUGACAUGCUUAAUAAAACUAUAUAUAAC